AGAAUCUUCCAAAUUUAUCACAACCACAUGAUCACAACAAACAUCAAAAUGGCGAUUCCUGUGGAAGUUCCACUGAUCACUUGGGCAUCAUUUGGAGCUUCUUUUGUGGUGGCAUUGCUGUUUGCCAUUUACUACAUCUGCCAUUUUAAGAGCAAGAGACACAGCGAAAGAAGUUCAACCAUCACAGCUGUGCUGGCUCUGACGGUUGCCAUUCUGACCAUUGCUGUGGUACCUAUCGACAUAUUCACUGUCUCUUUCCUGAAGGAUGAAGAUGGAACUUACAAGGAUUGGGCAACGUCCAACAUUACAAGACAAUACGUCACCAACACCUUACUCUACUCUUAUUACGCGCUGUACGGCUGCAUGGCCUUCUUCAUCUUCCUAGCCAUUCCAUUCGUCAUCUUCUACUAUGAGGAGCAAGAUGAAGAAACGACCACCAAAGAGCGAAUUUGGGGAGCCGUCAAGUACACAGCGUGUUUUGUGAUAUCAGCUGCAGUGCUUCUAAUCAUCGGAGCCUUUGUUCCCCUGCAACAAAUUCCAGACAAGAACUCUACCGACUGGGAGAACUUCAAGUACCUGUUCAAUGAGCUUGGUGAAAGCAAGGGAGAAACUGCUCUGUAUUUUCUCGUCGGGUUUGUCACCUUGUUAGGAAUGCUUGGGCUGAUCUUCUACACGGCCUUUGGUAUCACAGCCCUCCCCAUCGACCUCAUAAAAGGUUAUCGAAGUGCCGAAGAAGAAUUGGAAGAUGUCCAAGAAACUGCGUCUGCAAACCGAGACCAGCUCCGGACCCUCAAACGAAAGCGUCGCAGAGGCAGAAACCUCUCAUCUAGAGAACGCCGCAAUCUAGAGGACCUCAAAGACGAAGAGGAACUGAUCCAGCAGAGAGAGCGCCACCUUGUGGCCAUCCAGAAGAAACUCUGCUACAAGUGUUCGUGUGUCUGGCGCCCUCUACAAGUCGUCAUCGGCAUCGUUCUGAUAUUGGUUGCCAUUCUGGUGUUUGGAUCUCUCUUUAUUAGCAGCCUGGAUCGCAUUCUGCAUUCGCUUGGUUACAAGACGGGCUACAUUCUACCAACGAGCACCUUGCCGAAUCCCUUAGGCAUGCUGCUGGUGGUGAUGCAGCAGGUCUUUCCUUUGGACUACAUCGUGUUUGUUGGUCUGGUCCUCUUCUUCAUCUACUCAUCGAUGGCCGGCGUCCGCAGGAUCGGAAUCUGGUUCUGCUGUGUCAAGAUGUACAAAAUCCGGCCACAUCACACCAAGCCGCAGGCUCUUCUCUUCCUCUGCAUGUAUCUCAUGAUUCUGCUCCUUGCCGUCAACGUCAUGCUGUAUAACUUGGCCCCGGACUACAUGACCUACGGCCACCAGAAAUUCCUACCAGAAAAUUCUACCGAACCAGAGCAGUGCACAACUUCAGAGUCCAGCUCAGACUGCACGAUGACUGUCACUAUGGCUUUGAUGACCAAGUUUGUGUUCCAGCUCUGGUUCUUCGGUGCUUGCUACUACUGGGCCAACUGGGCAUUUCUUGGGUUUAUCCUGAUUGGUCUGAUUAUCAACUUGCUGCGGCGAAGGCGUUCGGCUAUCGAGGACGAAGUUGACUCUUCAGACUCUGAGGACAGUGACGAAGAAAUGCUCGCCCCAUGAGGCAGAAACAAGCACGAGAUGCCGGCCUCACCAAAGAAAUUCAUUUGUUUGGUUGCAUUUCUGUAAAUGUGUUUUUUAACAAGAAAGUUAGCGACGUGGGUACCAGACUUGUGCGAUUUCAGGGUACAUUGGAAAUCACGCUUAGCAGAUUGGCUUAGCAUAUUUUGGUUAUUAAUAAUAAUAAUACACAGGGUCUUAUGAAGCCCAUGUCACUGUUUGUUCUCGAAUUGCAGAUUUGCUUAAAACAUUUAGUUAAAACUUAGUUAAGAAUGUUUAAGAAGAGUUAGCUUCAGGAUAUCCUGAAUGCUAAAUCUCAGUGUGAUUCACAGCCAAAUAUCCAAAUUGGAGUGACUGCUUGAAAAUAUUUUGAUACCAAAUUGUGAAAGUUUGAAGAUAUGUUUGAAAUAUCGUUUUUUUAAUAAAGAAAUCAAAUAAUAAAAUCAAGUGCUAUGAUGGAGCCAGUAUACACACAUAGUAUUUAGCACAAAUACACAGUAUUAAAUUGUAGAUAUUACUGUUAUAGUAUUAUUAUAUUGAUAUUAUUGUUUCAUUUGAAUGACUGCGAUUCGUGGCGUUUUGGUCUUGUUGUACCUUAUUUCUGAUGUUUAAAGCUUGGCUAGACCAGCCUUCUUCAAUACAGUGUAAAAGUGUUGCCUUAAAACCAACCAGGGUUUGAACCGACUUUCGUUU